AUGAAGUCGGGUUCCAGGGUAAAAAAAACCCUGCAUGAAACUGCAGCUUAUGCCAUAGAACAUUCUGCAGUUGAUGUUCCAAGCCAAUGUCCUACGCUCCACCAGGUAGUGGAAAAUGGGGAGUUCAAUUUGCUCGAUCUGCCCUGUCUCCAAGCAGAUGUGGAGCGUUUGUUGGCAGCCACUACACAACGUAUGACAUGCCUCUCUCACUAUCUGCGCGGGUUGCCCAUUCCGACACCGAUACUGCGUAAUGUUGGAUUGUUGGAGCCUGAUCCCCAAAAUCGACCUCAGCAUCCCCGUGAAAUGACCUCCAACUCUGCGGAUGCAUCUGCACGGAACACCUCUACUACUGCCGAGGACGGUUCGCUUGUUGUAACUCCAAAUCCUGACAAUCCCCUGAGUCUCAUCUUCUCCUCUCAGAAGAGGCAACAACUUCACCAGCCAUCACAAUUAAAAACCGAAAGUAAAGAGGUUUCAUCAGAUAAGAAACAUAAAUCUAAAUACACUUCCAAAUCACCGAGUUCGGGUGCUCUGAGUUCAGUAACGUCCCCCCAUGAUAUUCCUAAUCGGUUUUGGGCUCUGAUGGAGCCGUACUGUGCGGACAUCACCGAAUCCAACAUCUCCUACCUUGAAGGUAUCCUCAAGUCGUACGUGGAGGAAGCCACAACAUCAAGAUACUUCCUUCUACCGCAGCAUAAGACUCUCAGAGAUUUUGUGCCAUCCGACUAUAUUUCGCCUAAGAGAGUACGGAGGGACCUCACAAAAUCGGAAGAUUCCACCUCAGAUACUCCUGAGGCAUCCCCCAACCAAGGGCAUGUCUCUGAGGCUUUCAAGGCGGCCUCGGAAAUGAUUUCUCUUGCACGUCACGUCGAUUCCCAGCUCAAAGAAAUAAGACCAUCGUCCUCUUCGUCCGUUGAGCAUUUGCUGUGCUCCCUCGAGAAGGACCUCUACGACGACAAUGUAUCCUCUGUUCUUCGUGAAGCCGUGGCGCAUAUGGCUCAAGAACUUGCAGUAAACUCCACAGCCCCCGAGAACGAAGAAGCGUCUGUAUCCCUACCUAUGCAGAAUAACAAAAGUGACUUGACAAGUGUGUGCAGCCAGCCCUUGAAGAACUUGGCACGUCAACUGCAGGUCAGUUCGUCUUUUCGUGUGGAGAAAAAAAUCAGUCAAGCCAGUGAGGAACUGGGAUUGUUUCCAUUGACUCUCUACCUCAACCACCUCUCCCAUCGUCCGGAGAGACCGCUUAUUCAUAUACCUGAGAAGUCGCGUGCUCCACCUACCCCUCCUGAACCAUCAAAUCAUGGACCGAUGACGGCAGCGGAUUGCAAGGGUCCACUGCUGAACGGUCUCGAUCAUUCGCCCAAGCCGUUUCCUUCAUCACCUUCUUCACCUCACUCCAACCGGCGCGACCGACUUGAGCUAAUUGAACAUCAAAAGUCUUCCACCUCUCAGUCAAACGGCUGUGUUUCGCCGAGGAACCAGAUAGAGAAUGGCGAAGAGAUUUCUACUACACCAACAACAACGACGGAUCCCUCGAGUGGUGUUAAUGAGGAGACCACGAGUCCUGCGGACACGGAUAUGGGCGGCAGCACAUCAGACGCAACUGAAGGCGUCGCAACGCUUAGACCACCCUUUCCACUCUCUGCCACCGACAGUAGCAGUGGUCCAAGUGCUGAUCCUGAGCCAGCUCUUGAAUCCCCCGCUCUUUGCCAGUUGGAGCCUGAAAAGAUGCUCAACGAUUGCGGCAGUGAGAAAAACUUCUCUGAAAACCAUGUACGAGACUUUCGUCGCUCUUCAGGGAGCUCUUGUCCAGGCUCAUCCGCUUCUACAGUCAAGUCGGAGGAAGAUGUGGCGCCACAAAAGUCUUCAUCCCAGGGCACUACGACCUGCAAUGGUAACACGACAAGAAUCGAAUGCAGCGAUUGGUUCUCCAACAUUCUUCCCCAUCUUGAGGACACGGACGACGAUCUUUCGAGUUGUUUACUCAAUCUAACCACCACAAACGCCGUGGAGGCAGUGGGUGCGGGCACAGGUAACAGUACCGAUCAACUGACUCUUGCGCUGAUGCGCCGCCAACGUGAGUUGCGCCUGGUAUGCGCGGCAAACCAUAACAUCCUUCAUCGGCUCAUUCAGGCUGCGCGGAGAGAUCUGCAGCGGCAGGAGAUUCAACGGCGUCUUGCCAUUGCUGAUGCUGAUGUAAUUGAGGCGUACAACAAGCUGGAGAGCUACAAGGUGCAGAAGCGCUCAGCACUGAAGCGGGAUCGCGAUUUCGCCUGGAAGGCACUCAAGGAACGCCAGAAGAUUCGAGCCGAGCUUGACGCCUUUGACAAGAAGCCUCCCUAA